AUGUCAUUUGUGAUGAAAUAUCUCAAUCCCAUCAUCCAAGCCAAGCGGGCCGACACUUGCUCCACUCCUGCCUUAGAGCAGAGCUCUCGACCUACUUUAAAGCAAGUCUCAACGUCCAGAUUAGCAGAACAUUCUACAGAUGCUCAAGCUGCAUACCAGUUCAUUCAUGAUGCACUAGAGCUGGAGAGUCGUCCAAACAUGAAUAUGGCAUCUUAUGUCCAUACCUGGAUGGAGCCAGAGGCCGACAAGUUAAUUAUGGAGAAUAUCAAUAAGAACCUCUGUGACCAGGGUGAAUACCCUGCUACUGCAGAAAUCCACCGUAGAUGUAUAUCUAUAAUUGGAGACCUUUGGAACAGUAAGGAUGCAGUUGGAUCUUCUACUGUCGGCUCUUCGGAGGCUAUCCAUCUCGGAGGAUUAGCCAUGAAGAAACGCUGGCAACAGAAGCGAAUGGCUACAGGCAAAGACACCUCGAGGCCAAACAUCAUUAUGGCUCAUACUGCUCAAGCAGCCCUCGAGAAGUUUGCACGCUAUUUCGAUGUCGAAUGUCGCUUGAUACCAGUCUCCGUGGAGAGUCGCUAUUGUCUGGAUGUCAAGAAGGCGGCUGAAGCUUGCGAUGAGAAUACCAUUGGUGUUUUUGUUAUCCUUGGCAGUCUCUUCACGGGUCACUUUGAGGAUGUCCAUGGCAUGUCGGACGAGCUGGAUCGAAUUCAGGAGGAGAGGGGUUGGGAUAUUCCAAUCCAUGUGGAUGCAGCAAGCGGAGGUUUUAUUGCCCCUUUUGUGUUUCCUGGUUUGAAGUGGGGUUUUGAGCUUGAUCGAGUGAAGUCAAUCAAUGCGUCCGGUCACAAGUUUGGACUGGCCUAUGCCGGCAUCGGGUGGAUACUGUGGAGGAGCGAAGAGUAUCUUCCAAAGGAGCUUGUAUUCACAAUUGACUACAUGGGAGCAGAAGUGCAGACAUCAUACACUCUCAACUUUUCGCGUCCUGCAUGCUUUAUGAUCGGGCAAUAUUAUAACUUCGUGCGCCAUGGAAGAGAGGGAUACAAGUCCAUCAUGCAAAAAAACUUCGCCAAUUGUCGAACACUAUCCCUUGCUCUGGAAGAGUCUGGUCACUUCGAUGUGAUAUCGGACGUUCAUAGACCUAAAGGGGUGUAUGUUUACCUUCGCAAUCACAACACUGUUCAAGGGGACGGCACUGAGUACAACCCUGGCUCACCCUGUGUGGCAUUCAAGUUAACCGACAAGUUUCGUACAGAAAAUCCGCAUGUCAAGCAGUCAGAUGUGCCCAAGUUGAUGCAUACUCGAGGCUGGGUUGUCCCUAACUAUGCACUCCCACCUGCCCAAGAGCUAACAGAGGUCAUGCGGAUUGUUAUCAGAGAAUCUCUUAGCAAGGAGAUGCUGACAAAGCUUAUCACAGAUAUCACAUGGACGGCUGCAUCACUUGCAGAAAAGAGAAUAAAAUAA